AUGGGCAUCAAAAAACUAAAGCUCAACGAGCAGAAGCGGCAGCACAGGCGCCCCGCCAACAGGAGCAAGCUCGGCCUGCUCGAGAAGCACAAGGACUAUGUGCAGCGCGCGAGGGACUUUCACUCCAAGGAGGACCGCAUCCAGCGGUUGAGGGAGAAGGCCAGCUUGCGAAACAAGGACGAGUUCUACUUUGGCAUGAUCAAGAGCAGUACAAAGAAAGGCGUCCAUGUCCAGUCGAGGGGCAACGAGCCGCUCCCGACCGACCUCGUCACGGCGCUCAAAACCCAGGACGCAACCUACAUCCGCAUGCAGGCGACGAUGGAGCAGGGUCGCGUCCAACGAUUGAAGGAACAACUCGCCGCACUGGUCGAUACCGCGCUUCCCUCGUCGGUGAAGGGCAAAGCGAGCGCGCAGGAUGAGGACGACGAGAUGGACGAUUGGGACUUGUACGACGACGAGCCAGUUGCUUCGACGUCUGCGGCGGGCGUCAAGCGGAAUCAUGUCGUCUUCACGGACAGUUUGGAUGCAGUCCGCUCCGGCACCGUCGAGACACUCCUGCGAAAACGCGCAACACCUACCGCCCUUCCCGCCUCCGCCACUGCCUCCGACGCUUCUUCUACUGCCAAGCGACGGCCCUCUAAGCCCAAGCCCGCUUCUGCCGACGCACACCCAGAAACCGACAUCUCCACCCUCUCCUCCGAACUCCUCGCCUCCGCCACCGCCCACCGCACGCGCCUCGAAUCCGAGCUCGCACAACGGGAAGCCCGUCUCGUGCAGCUCAAACGCGCAGCGCGCGAGUUGGAGCUCCAGCGAUCUUUGAUGGGCAAAGGAGCGAAGGAGGUUGUGCGCGCGAAGGGCGAUCGGAAGGCAGGAGAGGAGGAGUGGUGGUUGCAGGGCGUCAAGGGUGCGAGGAAGGGCAAGGGUGGGGCGAGCGCGGAGCAGGAGGAUGGCAAGUUGCCCAUGGCGGAGGAGGGCGUUGCGACUGGUGCGAGGGUCUGGAAGUGGAAGGCGCAGCGCAAACGGUAG